UACUCAAUCCGAGUAACCGAAUUAGGGCAAUUAUUUAAGAACGGAGGGAGGAUGAGUGAUGAUCAAUCCGAUUAGCUAAAAAUGAUCACUUUCUCCGGUCCUCUCUCACAGUCUCACUCUCUGUAUCUUCCGUAGCUUCUCUAUAUUAAUCAAUCACGGGAAGCCGGGAACGAAUUAGCAAUCCACAAUCUCUUCUUCCUAAUCAAUUUAUAUAUAGGUAAUCUCUUCUCCUUUACUUUAAACUUUUUUUGACUGGUUGUUCAUCAAUUUUACACAAUGAUUGAAAUCGUUUGUAUAAUCUAUGGGCAAUUUUGAACCUUUAAUGUCAAUUUUCUGUUUCAAUUUUGCGUUUCUUUAUUUCUUCCAAUUUAGAAGCUUUAAUCAGAAUAAAUAAUCCCAAUUCAAUUUGCAAUCUAGGUUAUUAUGUCACUCCUUCCAGUAGAUGUUAUCAUUGAUAUUCUGCUUAAAUUGCCGGCAAAAUCUUUGCUACGCUUUAAGAGUGUGUUUCAUUGGAUCUCAUUUCAAGCAAUCCAAUAUUCUGCAUAUAGUUUAUUGGAACACUGUUUGUAAGUUGAGUGAUUUCGACACAUUUGAUAAUACCAUUGAACUUGAUUACCCUUUUAAGAAUCUGGGUGAUGUUCAUGUCAAGGGAUCAUGCCGCGGCUUGCUUUGCUUCACCAUGUACUCUUACCCCUUCACGGUUUUCUUGUUCAACCCCACUACACAUACCCUUUAAUUGUAAGAUUUUGUGGGGAAUAAUGGGUAAAAUUACUAACAUACUCUUUAAUAGCGGUUAUAUGGUAAAAUGGUUUUACCUAAAACAGAAAAAAAUCACUGUUUUUUCUUCUAUUCAUCAGUCAUCAUACAAUGAUACAAGUAUGAUAUUGCUUCAGCCUCUCUCUGUUUUUUUGACAACCAGAAAAGUUGCCGGAAUCUCUACAUCCUAAUCAUUUUGCAUUUUUGGUAAUCUCUUUCUUAUUUUAAUUCAUGAUUUCCCACUUAAUUUGGUUAUUCUUUACUCCACUCAAUUGAUUGUAUGAUUUUUGGGCAAUUUCAAUUUACCCUAAUUUUUAGCUUAUUGGGUUAUCUAUCUUAUUCAAAUCAUCAAUAGAUAAAAAUACUUAAUUCAAUUUGCAACCUAGGUUAUCAUGUCAUCCAUUCCCGUGGAUGUUAUUACUGAUAUUCUGCUUAGAUUGCUGGCAAAAUCUUUGUUGCGCUUCAAAUGUGUGUGCAAAUUAUGGUUUAAUAUAAUUAAUUCUUCUGAUUUUAUCAACCCUCAUGUUGAACAAUCCAAUCUGCAUAUAAUCGUCACGAACCCUGCUGUUUAUAUAUGUGAUUUCGACAAAUUUGAUAAUCCCACUAAGUUGAAUUACCCUUUGAAGAAUCUAGAAUAUGGGGGUCUUUAUAUUGUGGGAUCGAGCCGCGGUUUGCUUUGUUUCUCUAUGCAUUCGUAUCCCUACACCACCUUCAUGUAUAACCCAACCACACAAACCCACAAAUCCCUUCCAUAUUUGCCAGUAUUAUCCACCUUUCAGACCCCCAAUGGAGAUCCAUUUCACGGCCUUCUUGGGUUUGGUUAUGAUCAUGUGUCUGAGGAUUACAAGUGUGUGAAGAUUCAUCAAUGUGAUGCGGAUGAUGGAUCGGGUUCUUUCAAGAGUCAGGUGAUGGUUUAUAGCUUGAGGGAGGAUUCUUGGAAGCGGGGGGUUCACGAUGUUCCAUAUUAUUUUGACAGCCAUUUGGGUUAUUCUAUCUUGCUCAAUGGGAUUCUGCAUUGGUCAACUGAAGAUGAUCAUAGGGAGCCCCUCCCUUUAGUUGGCUUCAAUCUCAAUGAUGAAACUUUUAGCUCCGUGCCAUUGCCUGACUAUCAUACAGAAGAGGAAUCGCGUAUGCGUGCUCACAUAGGAGUGGUUGAUGCAUGCUUGUGUCUUAUGUACAAUUAUUGGUGUUAUUGUGAAGUAUGGAUUAUGAAGGAGUACGGUGUUCCUGCAUCUUGGACUAAAUUGUGUAUGGUUGCGAAACAAGGGAAUUAUAAUGAUUUGAGGCCUCUUUCUUUCUCAAAGAGUAAAAAGGAAUUGUUUGUGAUUCUAACCAAAGCUAAUGUUGCUUCUUUGGACUUGGAAACUUUGGAGAUAAAAAAUAUUCAACCUCCUGGUCUUCAUAGACUUUGGAAAGCAUAUGUAUGCUCGGAGAAUCUUCUUAUGCUCAAAGAUGCAGAAUAUAUACGCAAGGGUACACAACAACUGCAAAACAGAAGCACUAAAAUGCGGAAGUUAUUAAUGAGAAAAACUGAGAGAAUCAUGCGAUUCCUUGACGAAGGUCUACGAAAUGAUUUCGGGAUUCCACGCCCAUCCAAUGAACAAUCUUGAUCAUGUCACCAUUGCAUUCCUGUGGAGAAAUCAAAUGAUGUUUCUGGAUGGUGAAAUUCUAUGGGAAUACUUUUUAGCGGGACAGUCUGGAUAAGUUACAACUUCUCCACUGCUUGGAAUCUCGGCCACCACUUGUCAGUUGUUACAGACAUUAGCCACUGCAUUUGGGGGCAUCCGGAAUAUUUUAGCUGCGUAGUUUAGAAGAUGCUCUUAGCUACUAAUUAAGUGGCUUGAGUGGUAAGAAGGUGGUGCACUGCUGAACUGCUGAUUUUAUAGAAUGAGCUUCUGAAAUUUCAACUUCUGUUAAUUUUUCAAAUCUGAAAUGCCCUCGUAGGUUCUAUGGUUUUGAUAGAGAUUGUCAUCAACUAAUGUCAUACUCUGGUAGUUUCAGCUAUAUACGGAGUAUGUUUCUAAAUCAAUUGGCUUCUUGGUUGGCUCGUGUUUUUGAACACUUUUGAAGUUUUGAGGUGGGUGUAGGGGAGGAUAGUAUGUAAUUUUUAUGUUUUAGUAUGUUCGGAAAUUUGGUCAUGUAGAAUGAGUUCUAUUCAACAAAAAACCAUCUCAAUACAUAAGUUAUAUUUGGUUGUGGUAUUGUCGAUGAGAAUCAA